AUGCGAGAAUUUGGCAAAUUCGGUCCGUUAAUAGGUAGUUUAGAUGAAGGAACUUCAAACGUCAAAUUUUUGGUAUUUGCGGCAAACACAUCAGAAGUGCUUACUUAUCACCAAGUAGCUUUGAAUAGAUUUAGUCCACAAGAAGGUUGGAUUGAACAAGAUGCUUUAGAAAUUCUUAACGCUGCUUUAGAAUGUAUUGAGGUAGCUGUAGAUAAUUUGAAAAAGCUGGAUAUUGAUCCUGAAGAUGUUGUGGGUAUUGGUAUUACAAAUCAAAGAGAAACUACAAUAGUAUGGAACUCUUUAACUGGAGAACCUCUUUACAGUGCUAUAGUAUGGUCAGAUGUAAGAACAUCAAAGAUCGUGGAUGACCUAAUUAAGACAAAAGGAGCACAAUGUGUGAAUGCUGUUGCUCAAACUAGUGGGCUUCCAUUGUCAACAUAUUUUACAUCAGUUAAAUUAAGAUGGCUACUUCAAAAUAUCACAAUAAUUAAACAUGCAGUUGCAGCUGGCGAAUGUCUCGCUGGAACAAUAGAUUCCUGGCUUAUAUGGAACCUAACUGGAGGAAUCAAUGGUGGAGUACAUGCAACUGAUGUUACAAAUGCAUCUCGCACACAACUCAUGUCAUUAAGAAGUUUGCAGUGGGACAAGGGAUUACUGAGAUUUUUUGAUAUUCCAAUACAAAUCCUACCAAAAAUAAAAAGUUCAUCUGAAAUAUACGGAUAUAUUUCUACAGGAUCACUCCUUGGCACUCCAAUUGCUGGGUGUUUGGGUGACCAACAAGCAGCGUUAAUUGGUCAAAAUUGUAUGAGAUUUGGAGAGGCCAAAUGUACUUUUGGUACGGGAUGUUUUUUAUUAUAUAAUACAGAUGAAUCAAUAGUGCAUUCACAAAAUGGACUACUUACAACAGUUGCUUACAAAUUAGGACCUGAUGCCCCACCUAUAUAUGCAUUAGAAGGAUCAGUCGCUGUAGCAGGUGAUACAUUAAAAUGGUUAAAAGAUGAAUUAGAAAUAAUGGAUGAUUUAUCAGAAUCUGAGACAGAAGCAGCACAGGUGACUGAUGAUGAAGAGGGCAGUAUAUGUUUCGUCCCUGCGUUUAACGGUUUAUAUUCUCCAUACUGGAAAAAAGAUGCAAGAGGUAUCAUCUGCGGGUUGAGUGGGAUGACUCGUGGCGCACACGUGGUGCGUGCGGCGCUCGAAGCGGUGUGCCAGCAGACGCGCGCGGUGUGCGCCGCGAUGGCUGCAGACUGCGCGCCAUUGCGCCGUUUACUUGCCGAUGGUGGUGUCGCGCAAAACUCGCUGCUAAUGCAAAUGCAAGCAGACGUUGCCGGUAUACCUGUCAUACGCCCUUUAAUGAUGGAGAGCACAGCGUUAGGUGCGGCCAUAGCGGCGGGUCGGGCGCUCGGAGUGUGGCCGUCAACAACGUCUUGCCCCCCUGUAGACACUUUUUUACCAGCCAUAUCUAAUGAAGAACGCGAAAUUCGUCGUGUUCGGUGGGAAGCAGCGCUAAACAGAUGCAUGGGGUGGGUCACUGAUGAUUCUGAUCGACAUAAAGUAGAACCCGAUGAUGUUGAUCACACAGCAGCAGUUCUACCACCUGGCCUCUUCUUCCUUGGAACUGCUUUAUUAGUUGUUAUAGCAGACAAGUUGAAAAUCGUGUAG